AUGGCAAAAUCCCAGCGCUUACCGUUUGAACAGAGCUUGUUUGUUACAACACCGAACAAGAUUCAUUUGAGGACACAGCUUGCUCGCGAGACGCUGUUCGAGUGCAAGACCGCUAACGGCAUAGUCAACGCUCGUGCCUCGAAAGAUAACAGCAGCCUGUUCGCUAUAGCAGAUGUUCAAGCAUACUCCAUACCAGAUGACAAGCUUCUGCCUUCCUUACCAUCGCAUCCAUCUCCACCGAAUGUGAUCGCGAUAUCCAGUAACGGUACCGUACUUCUUUCAGCAUCACCAAACCCGAUGACUAUAUACCUUCAAGACCAAAGACGGGGACACAGCGCGCCUGUGGACUUUCGUCCAACAGAUGCCCGCUACUCUGCGACCUGUGCUGCGUUCCAACAAUUGGAUAGUCCCGCGCAGCCAUCAUAUACGAACUUUGUGAUCGGAUUCCAGGACGGAUUACUAGCGAUGUAUCGUCUUUUCCUGCCUUCACUCCGAAAGCGGCCCGAAGAUUCGCACAUAAAUCAAUUCCAGUUCUACCAGUUACAGCCUGUCCGAGUAGGUGUCAUCAAGAAGCUCCAUAAGCCGGCCAUGGGUGGUGUACUCGCAGCGGAGUUCAUACCGGGCUACAAAUCGCGUGUUGUUAGCAUUAGGUAUGAUGGGAAAUGUCGACUUCAUGUCUCUUAUCCCGCUACUUGCUUGUCGGUAUCCACGAAAGGCUCUGUACACUCAAAGGGAAGAGUAGACGGGAUGGUGCUACUAGGAGGCGACGCGGCAGAAGAUGCCGGAGAUGUCUACGAGGGCUUUGAGACAUUGAUUGCUAUUGGUACACAGGCUGGAAAAGUUCUUGUUUUCAACGCCCUGGGCCUACUUAUACAUGAGAUCACUGUGGGAGUGUCUAUCACAGCUGUUGAGUGGGUCGGCAACAUGACCGCGCCUUCGAUUCUUCCGACUCGCGGAUUAUCGCCGUCCCCCAAGCCUCGUUCCGUCGUCGAUAUUGUGGAUGCGGAGGGAUCGACUCCUUCUGACGAGGAGACCGGUACUGUCAAGAAGACUAGAUCACCCUGCAAGUCAGCUUUAACAAGAAAACCGGUACCUGUUGGGCCACCGCCGGAUCUGCUUUCCGAUGAGCCUAGGAAGUUCAAGUCGAGAGUUCCUAGUCGCAGAGCCUCGGAUGUGUUGAGAGGCUCGCCUCUCCGCGUUGAGAGAGUGCGCAACAAACACGUGAAAAUGUCAUCUGUACGACCGCGCAUCUCUACAGAGACAUUUCAGUCGCCUCCGGAACCUUCGCCGCACAAUCCCUUUCAUGUCGGCGCCGCAAAGUCUCUACCCAAACCUGAUCCUCCAACACAAGAAAGUCGGAGAUGGCCCGAAGUACAUCAGAUGCCAAGUGUACCAGCCCCGUCACGGGCACAGCUCUUUUCCGCUCCUCAUAGGUCGCUCAGCUCGUCUGAUCAUUCGCACUUUUCGGAUCAAGAAUGGUUUACACCUCCUUCCACGCGAAGACGCAAGCCAAAGGCGUCACAGCGUCAUAUGAGUUCAGAAUCACCACUGAUUACCUCAACCUCAACGACGAUCUGUCCAGUGCCCUUCCCACAGUCCUCUCCCACUGCGUUCAACACACCCAACAGUCUGUACUCUCGUCCAACAUCCGGCAUGAUGAAGGAGGAGUCUGUUGAGCAUCAAGAGACUGUGGCGGAAGCACCGAGCGGGUUACGGGUCAUGCCAAAAGCUCAGCGACACGUAACUAUAGCCGACCCAGGAUCGUCGUCUCCUUUGGGUAGCUCGAGCAGUCUGUACUCCCGUCCCACCGCCCAGAUGUUUGAGAGGCGUUCAUUGAGCAAAGCACGAGAGCUUGAAUUGGAUCUGAGUUCUACCCUCCCAGAUAGACCUAAUCUUCCAAUAUUGAAGCCUGCUCUCAGAAGAAUCGACUCAGAGACAGAAUGGCCCAGCAAUGCAUGUUCAUGCUCAACGCCAAGCACGAGAAGAGAAUCGGUUGCCGAUGAGAGCGUAAACGACAUGGCAGGCCCGAGCAAUAUAGUUGCUGGAUCAAAAGCUCCUCGAAACCACGCAUUCGCCGCCGCCACCACCACAGCAGCAGACUCGUCAUCUUCGCUCGAAAGCCUCUACUACCCCGUACCCGGCCUCCUAGCUAAAAGUAGUCUUUUCCAAAACUACAACCAUCGCAACCUAACACCAGUUCUACCACGGCAGCCCAUGACGAACUCGCUUGACACGCGAGCAAAUUCACCUAGCAGCGUAUACUCCCGCUCCAUCUCAGGCGCGGUCAAAGACACGAAUCUUGUCGAUGCUGGCCUUGCCGAAAAUACCGAUCAAUCGGUAACUUCUUCCAACGCACCCACUCCAUCACUGCCACAACAUCAUCAACUCAGUAUCCAUGCCUUGGAUACCCCACUAUCCAACACCUCGCCAAGUACUUUGUAUUCACCCGCUCCACCGGGUAUAUUUCAUGAUCGUUCGCAUGCUGUUAAUAGACCGUCUGUGAAGAAGUCGGAUGGAACAGGUUUAGCCAGUGUGAGCAAGGAGGCGAAGUCCGUAGCAGAGGAGAUGAAAUGCUUGUCUGAGGACCAAAGAGCGUUGAGACAGGAGGUCGCGGCUUUGAGGGAAGAAUAUCGGGUUUUGGAGGAUAUGUUGUUGAAGCCAAAGGCGGAACUGGUGGUGUGAGGUAAAAGGCGGGCGUGUCGUUGCGUAGCAUUUUUCGGCCCCUGUUGUCUAUCCUUGAUUUUCGUCCUCUUGUAACGUACCAAAUCAAAGUUGUCGUCCCUACGACCUUCCCAAAUCCCUCCUAGUUUAAAGUGCACAACUCAUCCACCUCAAACCCACCCUCCGACU